CAGGCCGUGGCAGCUGCAAUCCCAGCCCGGCUCGGGGGUGGCCGAGCCUCCGCGGUGCCGUGCCGUGCCGUGCGGCAUCACAGGCAGCGCCCCCCCGGCGUGCACGGCCCCGCUGAGGCUGAUGCCCGUCCAUCUGUCCCUUGCAGCGCCGGGGGAAGGGAUGGACCACCAGCUGCGCGAGCUGCGGCUGCAGGAGGAGCGGGCGUUUCUGCAGAGCGUGGCACGGACUCACGGCUCGCCGGAGCAGGGAGAGGAGCUGGAGGGCGACAGUGAUGGCGAGGGUGAGCACAGGAGGAGCGAGGACGAGGGCGGAAGGAGGAAGAGCCGAGCGCGGCCCAUUGUGCCUGAGCCCGUCUCCAGCGACGGGGACCUGCCGCUGCCCCAGGUGCCCAAGUCGCCCAGGGACACGAGCCUCCUGGCCGGCGCCGUGGAGCGGAACGACUUCCUGCGGCGCCUGGGCGAGGGCCAGACGGACGCCAUGGUGCAGAGCUUUACGCCCGCCCAGCACGGCCCCGGUGACACCGUGCUGGCCGAAGGCACUGAGGGCCACGCCAUGUACAUCGUCGCAGAGGGGGAGCUGAGUGUGACACAGCGUGGGCGCCGCCUCCGCACGCUGCUCCCGGGGGACGUGUUCGGGGAGCUGGCGCUGCUCUACAAUUGCCGGCGCACCGCCACCUCUGCAGCUCUGACGCCUGUGCGGCUCUGGGCCCUUGACCGGCAGAGAUACCGCGCCAUCGUCACUGGCAGCGCCAAGCGCCGCCGGGCCCAGAUCCUGGGCUCCCUCCGAGAGGCGCAGUGGCUGCAGGGCCUGUCGGAUGCUCAUCUCUCCAAGCUGCUCGACGCCAUGGAGGAGUGCACGUUUGGGCACGACGAGGUCAUCAUCCGCGAAGGCGAUGAGGGGAAGGACUUCUACAUCAUCCUCCGCGGGGAGGUCCGGGUGAGCCACAGCGUGGGCGGGCGGGAGGAGCCGAUCCGGGUGAUGAGGGCCGGCGAGCACUUCGGGGAGCUCUCGCUGCUGCGGAACAUCCGCCGGACGGCCACGUGCCGGGCGCAGGGCGAGGUCACCUGCAUCACCGUGGCCAAGGAGGACUUCCAGGAGAUCGGCCCCCUCUGCCCCCCUCCGCACUCGGAGCUCUCCGGCGCCGUGGCUUGGGCAUGCCCUGGUACCCGGCCUGUGGGGGCUCCCUGCCUUCGUGGGCCGGGCAGGGGGCCUGGGGCCCCGGGGGUGGGGGUUGAGACCCAGCCCUGGGGAGCCAUGUGCCCCGUCCCACGUGGCUCACGGCAUGGCCCACAGGUUGACUUCGGCUUCGCCAAGGAGCUGGCACGGGGCGAGAAGACGUACUCGUUCUGCGGGACCCCUGAGUACCUGGCGCCCGAGAUCCUGCGCCACGAGGGCCACGACUUCGCCGUCGACUUCUGGAUGCUGGGCGUGCUCGUCUUCGAGAUGCUCGUGGGCAGACCCCCGUUCCACAGCGCUGAGCCCCAGAAGAUCUACAGCAAGAUCCUGGAUGGCGUCUUCUCCUUCCCGGCCUACCUGAGCGAGGCCGCCUGCUCCCUCAUCGCCAAGCUCUGCAGGCGCCGGCCGGGGCAGCGGCUGGGGGACACGGGCGCCGGCAUCCGCGGCAUCCGGAAGCACAGGUGGUUCGGGGCGGUGAAGUGGAAGCGCCUCGCGCUGCGCCAGCUGGACGCCCCGACCCUGGCGCUGAUGAAGCAGGGCCCCCCCUACGCCAACUUCAAGCGGUUCUCGGUGGACUGGACGCCGGCCGAGGAGGAGUUCUCGGGCUGGGACGAGGAUUUCUGAGCGGGUGGACGGAUGGAUGGACAGACGGGUGGCCCAUCACCCUGGCAGGGCCAGGACUGGGGGUGGCCCCCUCCCCUCUGCCCCCUGCUGGGGGGGCCUGGGAGACCCCCAGGUCGGGGGGAGGUGGCGGCGGGGGACAGGGGCCCGGUGCUCCCUGCGCAGGCAAUAAAGCUGUUGCAACCUGGUGCUGCUGCCGCCGGCUCUCUCUGCAUGGCAGGGUGAUGGGUAGGGGGCUGGCGCCCCGGUCCCGGAGCCAGACCGCAUCCCGGGGUCCCCACCACUGCCCUGCCUGCCCACCUCGCUGC